AUGACAAAGCUUCAGAUGAAGGAUUCUGGAUAUUACUGGUGUGCUGUAGAGAUCCAGGGCGCUCGAGAUAAGGGAGCAUAUCUGUACUUGUCAGUCACUGCAGGGGGCCAUGUCAGUGUGCUGUGUCACUAUAAUGAACCGAGCAGCAUGAAGAAGUGGUGCAGGAUAGGGGGCUCCUGUGUGGAAGUGAAUCCUGGUAAAUCUGGAAGAUCAGAGAUGAAAGAUGACCGCUCUAAAAAGGUCUUCACUGUGACGGUGAGGGAGCUGAACACGGAGGACACAGGCUGGUAUUGGUGUGCUGCUGGAGAACUACAGAUCCCUGUUCACCUCACUGUCACUCAGAAAACUACAAUGACCACAGUCACCACAUAUACCAUCAAGUCUCCCACUCAAUCCCAUAACAACACACUGAUCGCCACAACAGAAGGGGCCUUUAAUGAUGGAAAGACCAGUCCCCCGGAACAAGGAAGCCAGCUGUGUUCUGGUGGACAGACGUGCCUGGAAAGGACUCUGUGGGUGCUCCGUCACGCCGGGCUUGUUUUGGUGUUCCUAAUAUGCACCGCCGUCGCCUUUUGGAAGAUCUGGCGAAACCGCAGAAUGCUGCAAUCAAGAGAGAAUAGACGAUGUGGGACAAAGUUACGCUGCCAAAAUAACACCGAUUGUCUCUGAUGUCAUCGCACCGGUCUCAACCGCCAGAAUCGUUCCAGUCUCAGCUUUAACGUCUCAGUAUUUUGAAAUCGCCACAUCGCC